UCACCAGCCCGUGACUCCGUGUUGUCAUUCAGCCGCACACACUUUCGAUUCGGCCGUGCGUGAAAAAAGUUUGAUAAAUUUCCGAUUUAUUUGUAAGAAAACCGCUCCAAAAUGACCCUUUAUCAUUUCGGAAACUGUGUCGCCCUGGUUUACGUACCGUACUACAUGACCUACAAGUAUUCCGGAUUAUCGGAAUAUGGGGCGUUCUGGAAGUGCAUUCAGGCUGGUGGUAUCUACAUUUUCACACAGCUUUGCAAGAUGCUGGUUCUGGCGACCUUCUUCCCCGAUACGGACAGUUUUACCGGAGAAGGACAGUUCAACUUGAUUGCGGAAUUCCUCCGGUGCAGUGUCGACUUGGUAGACCUAUUGGGUCUGGCAUUCGUACUGUCCAAAAUCCCCGGAAAGGGCCACAGCAAGCUGAUCACUGCCGGGCUUGGAUGGGCAACCGCCGAAGUGAUACUGUCACGUGGUCUGAUGCUUUGGGUCGGAGCCCGAGGAGCGGAAUUCUCGUGGAUUUACAUCCAGCGCUGUUUGGAGUCGAAUAUCCUGUUGGUGCAGCAUCUGGCCACGGCCACCCUGCUGUGGCUGUUCUCCCGUCACGAUCUCGAGAAGAAGUUUGUCCCGCUGGUGAUUGUGCUGCUGGUGGCGAUUUCCUUCCGCGGCGUUUGGCUCGAGGGAACCCUCCAAGCGUUGUCCGCCGGAUCGUGGUUCAGCUUGGGACUGAAGGCACUUGUCACCGGGUGUAUCGGGUUCGUAACGUUGCACAUCUACUCCGGACUGGCUCAGUCCAUUGGUUUGUAGAGGUCGUCAUCACACGAGUGAAUUAACAAAAAAGGGAAGGGUUUUACAUUUAUCUGUUCUCAUAAUUUAUUUUACACACAAUUGCGCUGCAUUGUGAACAGUUUAGACCAAAUCCUAAUAAAUAUUAAUAAAUAAU